AUGUGCGGACCCUCAAGAAACUCCAUGGGAAACGUGGUAUGCCAGAUCCACAGUCUUCCCGAAACCCAGGCUCGACUGCCAAACAUGUCUAUCCAUAUGGACAAGAAGAGUCUCAGUUACAAAGUCGAGCCCAGUCUUUUUUCGAAGCCGCUGUGUUUCGAAAUCAUGACCUCCGGUGAUCUAUCUCUCGACCACUCGAAGCACUCUACUCUACAUACCUUUCUACUGCCGGUCAGCAACAGUGGAACGGGAGUACUUGUGUCUGAAGUGGAUCCCACGACUGUAGUGGGAAGAGGAGGGAGAUUGAAGUGGGGAGACGAGGUGCUUGGAGAUGGAGUCAUUGGGUGGAAUUAA